AUGGAGCCUGUUGUGUUUGACCAGUCGCCGCUCGCAGAGUAUCUUCGUGACGAAGGCGAAGAGGAGCAGGCAGGAUGGGCGCACGACGAUCCAACCUACGAUGUGUCGCCUCCUUCGAGCCCUGAGUUCGCGCCGACAGGUCGGCCGAUGGUUAGGUCGAGAUUCCGCAAUAAUCCCCUCAGAGUCGACAUACCUACCAAAGCGGCCUCUGACAAGUCUUACAGACUCAGCUAUUCGGUGCGCAUUACCGCGGUAGCAUCCAGGAUUGACCGAGCCGACAACUCCAAAUUCCUCGAGCAAUUUCGCUAUACUAUUAUCGCAUCCCAGCUAUUGAGUGGGCACUCCAUAUUAUCCCAGAACCAUGCAUCAUCCCGGUCCGCCAAUAUGGCCAUUGACGGAAACCCGGCCGACAAGUUGCUGGAUUCAACGAGCGCGGUCGUCGUCGUUCUAGGGGCAUUGGCUCUCGUCGUCUCGAUCAACUGGCUUGCAGGAACAGGGCCAUUGAGCAAACGGCGCACUUUCGUCAUUCUGUUGGUUUUUGUGAUCGCUGCAGGGAUCGCCCAUGUGUUUAUGCGUAGACAAUGGCUGAGGUACAGACGGCUCCAAGCACUGUCAGAGGUCACUGCAUUUGUUUCAAACUCUCAGGAAUUCGACAGCGCGACUGGCGCAGCGAUUGCUCUGGUGCAAGAGGUGGAACUUGUUUCCAGAGGUUACCGUCUGAGUGCGCCUCUUCCGCCCAUCAGCCGCAUAGAGGAUCGCUCACAGACUCGCAAGUGCGUGCGGCUCCGCAGGGCUCUGAGGGCGUGCUUCGCGGAUGUCAUUCCCGCAUACGAUCAGACCGUGGCGGUAGUGAAAGGGUUCUCGGAACAACUCGACCUCGAGAAGUACUACGAUAUUUACGAUAUCAGCGAUUUCGACAUGUCCGAUGCCCAGCAAGGCUUCAAGGAGGAUGAGUUUGAGGACACCGAGUCUUUGAGGACGCUCAAGAUCCUCGCCGCACGGUUCCACACCAUCCGGAAGAUGUUUUUGUGUGCAUUGUUGGCCCUGGACGCGAGCGGUGAGAGUGACGACCUCUUGAAAUGGACUACCACAGUAGAAGCGGUGCGCACUCUCAAUACGGUCACCCAGAGGGCAUUCGACAACCUAAAAAGACUUCUGAGCGAUGAGGAGUCAUUCCCACCACCGCCAACUCCGAAGAUGCCAUUAACACCUGGUCGUGAGAGAUGGAGAUCGCAAUUACGGAAACUGAACUCUUUGUCCAGCGGUAUUCGCGGCUUACAGGCUAAAUUGACGCUGUUAAGGGAGGAGUCUGACAGGAGCCUCAAUGAGUCUGACGACAUUUCCGAGCUCGGAUCCAACCUCAUGUCACAGUAUGAGUCCAUAGGGGCUGACCUGAAGAUACUGAUGCAGGCCUGGGAGGAAGGCAAAGCGGCACUCGCUCUGGGUAUCGACCGGAACGAAAAGCGACUUUCUUCCAUGAGCACACUGCUGUCACCGACCAGCUCUCUCAGUGGGCUCACGACAGUUGAUGAAGGAGGCGGAGCAGCCGAAGCCCUCAAAGCUUUGAACGGAGAGUCCCCCUCAAGCUUAGACUUUAGCAGCACAGGAGAGCCCGACACGGAGGAGAUUUUUGAGGCGGUCGCUAAGCCGUUCCGGCCCCGCAGCUUAUUGACGAGAGACGAGCGCAUCGUCAAGAUGAGAGAAGACCGGGAGAAACGAGAGAUCGCCAAAGAAAAGGCGGAUGCCAACAGAGGCAUGCUCAAGGAACUUGAGAUGGUCAUCAACCUCCGGCCCCGCCCACGAACUGGGACGAAUCCGUCACGCAUUGUUUCGAUGUGA